AUGCACAGAGGGGUGGCAAGCUGCUAUGUUUUCAAGAGUCGCUUGCAAGAGUAUGCACAAAAAGUAGGCAUUCCUACACCUGUGUAUCAGACCCUCAAGGAAGGUCCUUCCCAUGAGCCUGUUUUCAAGUCAACGGUUAUUGUUAAUAAUACUAGAUAUGAUUCUCUUCCUGGUUUUUUCAACCGCAAGGCUGCAGAACAGUCUGCUGCUGAGAUUGCACUCAUGGAAAUUCACAAGUCUGGCCUGAUGACUGAAAAUAUGCCUACAGUUCCGCUGAACCUCAGUUCUGGUGAGGUGCAAGAUGAGAGUCUUGGAGACCUUAAGUGCACCCUAGAUAUGCCCUUAGCAAUGCCGGUUAUGGUCAGUCUCAGGGGGGGCAUAGGUGGUGCCUUGCAGUACACUGUCCUUCCAGGCAAAAGGAAGGUGAAGGAGCCAGAGCUGCCAGCUGAAGCAGUGAAAAAGAUUAAACCCAAGAAGGCCAACUUUAAGAAGUGGUCGAAAAAGCGGUUCCAACGAAGUAAAGACAAUCAAGUAGUCCAGUCAACCAAAAAUGAAACUGAGGUUUAUAUGCUAGAAGAUGCUUCAAGGUGUAGCAUACAAAAAAGACCUCAUGCUUUUGUUUCGGUCGGCCACAAACUAGAAGGAUGCCCUGAUAAGCCGUCGUCGACUCCUAAGACCGGAGCAGCCUCGGCGGCCAUCGCUGCAGUGUCUCCUAAACCAAAACCACCCUCCCUCAAGUGCCUACAACGAGGAAGAACUGUACGGUGGUCCAAAAACGAGAUCGUGCUCGUUCCGGCAACGAUCGAGGCGCCCAUGCCUCAACGAGGGAUGGUGGUGGGGACUAUGGAAACCGCGACAUCUUCCACGGCGACGGGAGGAAGCUGCAGCUAUACGGCGAGUAACUCCCAUACGAGGAAGAACCCGAAUGGAACAAGACAGGGGAUCACCCAUCCUGGAACCAUACAUGUCUGAUCAUUGUAU